AGAAGAUACAAAGAAUAGGUAUGAUUAUGAUGACGGGCGAAAAAUCAGAAACAGAAAUGCUGCGAAUCAAAAUACAAUAGUCGGCAGACAGUGUACAUUACUGUAAAUAAGAUUAAAAGAACAUAUUACUGUUGGAGCAUAUUAUUUUAAUAAAGUGUGAAACACAUCUAAAUAAUUUUAUUGUUUCAUUAAAAUAACUAUGGACAAUCCAUGCAUAUUUUUGGGCAUUAAGAUAAAGCCUGGUCCAAUAGAAAGAUGUAAAAUUGAAAACUUUGCAUUAGACAAUACUGUUGAUAGUCUUAAAAAUGAAGCAGAAAAGAAAACAAAUGUACCAUCAGCUUCCUUAGAACUAAUACACCAUGGGAAAAUUUUGAAAGACGAUGUCACUCUUCAAGAUAGUGGUGUAAAGAAUGGCGAGAUGAUCCAUGUGGUCAAGAAGAAAGUACAGGUUGCGCCAGCCCCACAACCUACAUAUUUGGAUGCAGAGCUGCAACAGCUCAACACAUCUUUGAGGACAUUGGGGUGUACGCCCAAUGCUCCUGGAUGGACAAGAGCAAUGCAGCUAUUAAAUGACGAAUCUGCAAUGGCUGAGAUUAUUGAGCAAGCACCAUCCAUUGGAGAGGACUGUGUGGCACUAUCUAUUCUACAUGAGGUGGAACUGUUAGCGGCUUUAGGGGCAAACAUCCAUACAAUGCGCCGAGGAGCUACAGCUCACCCUCAGCUACCGGCAGCUUUGCGACACCUGACGAGACUCGUGCGUUCACGAUCUAAUACAAGCUCUUCUAAUGAAAGUGUGCCAACUUCAGGAUUUGCAUAUUCAUUGGAAGCAUUGUCUGAGGAUGAAGAUGCAGACGAGGAAGAAAAUGAGGAAGGUGAAAGGAACCCCAUCACUCAUGAGCAGUUUGCUGCUGCCCUACAGGCUGCGACGGAAGCCGUGUCGUCUACAAGCAGUCGAGCUGCAGGAAGUAACGACAGCUUAUUGAGGUUGCUCCAAUCUGCCGGCGAGUCCAGCAGGACCACCUCGUCAGCAACAGAGUCUGGCACGCCCACUGGCGUAGGUUCCAGUUCCACACGCCCCCUGAUAACACCGGAGAUGUUCAGUGAGGCGAUCUCAGAAGCUAUGAAUAGAGCAGGUAGCGCAAGGAACACUGCCGGCACUCCAAUGGAUCAGAGCACAGCUGCGUCAUCUUCACAAAGUCCGGUGGCGAGGGAAGGUGGUCAAGAUUUCUCAACGCAACUCAACCACAUGCACGAAAUGGGUUUGCUCGACGAUGCUUUAAAUAUACGUGCAUUGCUUAUUUGUUCAGGCGAUGUUAAUGCUGCUAUAAACCUUGUCUUCAGUGGAGCAAUUGGAGAUGAUUAAAUUAUACCCACAUUAUAAAACCAAGGAAAUGAAUUGUAACAAUGUCAGUGAUGUAUUUUUCUUUUCUCAUUCUUUAAUAUGUAGAUACCUUAGAUACCUUGUUAUGUUCAAUUUACUGGUUUGUUAAAGAAAGAAACUUAGGACUUCAAUGAAUAUAAUUAUUACCUAUAGAUUUAUUAAUCCAUUGUCAAUAUUUACUUUUAUGAGAAGCAUUAAAAUAAAUACUAAAACAACUUUUUAAAUAUAUUUAUUACCUGGUAAUUUUGAAAUACUGCUUUAAAUUAUCACGGGAUGUAAGUCUAUAAGGGUAAGUAUAAUAAAAUAUGAUAGCUAUACACUCUUCAUAAUAUAUACAUAAUUGAACCAUAAUCAACUCGAAUAAAUAUACCUAAUAUAAUAGUUUUUCGAAAAAUGUUAUUUAUAAUUCAAUUCAGAAUUACUAAAUUUACAUUUUAAUAAAUUGGUUGCUUGAUAAAAUAUAAAAAAAUAUGGUGCACUUUAAAACCAUAAUUUUCUUGUGUCCAUAUUUAUAGUGCUGAGGAAAAUACAACUAAAAUGCACUAUAUUGCUGUAAGGUGACCUUAAAUAAUUUUCUGUUUCUAAUAUUUUCAUAUUUCUCGCGGACAGUUACAGCGUGAAAUCAAAAUAGUCAAGUUACUUAUUUAGACUCAACAAUUCUAAAUUCUACACACCUAAGUGUAAGUGUUAAAAUUUUAGAUCAUAAAUAACGAUCUUGCAGAACUAAUUCUAAUCUUGCAGAAUUAAUGUUUCAUUUUAUAAUUCAUGUUCCUUCUAAAAAGUUUCUUGUGAGUGCUGUUGUCGCCUUUAGCACGGCAUUGCUCCCGCCUUUGCAUGCGUCUGAAGUACCAACCAGCAUUGUUGGGACUUGUCUCACCAAAUAGUUCACGUUCCAGUUUCUUCCGAGCUUCUGUUCUCAGGACAGCUCUCUUGUCAAACCAAUUUAAAUCAUCAUUUCUGACUAUUUUACUAGUUUUGUCAGAUUUCGAAAGCUUGCUUCCGCUUUUCUUAUUGUUUGAUUUAUUUUGCUUAUCAUCCAUAUCCGAAACUUGUCUUAUAUUGUUUUUCUUUUCAAAAUCUCGACUAAAAACAUCUAGAUCCGUUUUUUUAAGAACAAGCUCAUUUUCUUGAGAUGAUGUUAUAGAAAAUUCAUCAUAAUCUUUCAAGUAACCUCCUUUCAUUUCCCAUUGUUCAUACUUAUUCCUUCUCUUCUGUUUCUUGUGUAGUUUUUGUCUAUCCCUUUUUUUUAAGUCCUGUUUAAGUUUAGGCCCAACAUAUCUAUCAUCUUUUUUUAGCUCUUCUUCACUUAAAAUGUCUAAAAGCACAUCACUAACUUUUUUAUUCUUUCGUUUUAUGGUAUGAUCUUUGGUUUCCUUAUGGUUGCUACUACUUGCAUCUCUUUUUUGGAUUUUAUGUCCAGAUUUUAAUGAGUCCGCAUAAGUAAACUUUUUCCCUAUGAGUGGUUCAUUUGGAAUCACCUUAUCACCUUUGACUGGUUCAGCAUCACCAAUACUAUUUAAAUCUGUUUGCUCUUUGAGAUUUUCAUCUUGUGUUACUUUUUGCUCUUCUAUUAUACUUGUUAAUGGUGUUUUCAUAUUAUUUACAAUUUUUUUUAAUGUUUGUUCUUCAAUUUUCAUUCUUCUUGCUACUUCAUCAUCUAACCAACUUUUAUUUUGCUGGUAAAUAUUUUUUAAUUUCUCAAUGUCACUCAUAAAUUCCUUUUCAUAUUCUGGUUGUAUUACAUGACUAUUUAAAUUUUUUUCAAUGUUGAUAUGGUCAUCUAUGCAUUUUGUAAUUUGUUCAGUAUUUUUACUGCUGAGAGGCUCCUCGUAUAUCUUUUUGCAUCUCUGUUGUUUAAAUGGUAUCUUUUCUGCGUUUAAUUUUCUCUGCAUUUGUAUGCUGCUCACAAGUGUAAGUUCUUUUAAUUUAUUUCGGAGAUAUGCAUUCUCUUCUUGCAGUUUAUAUAAAUUGGACAAUAUUUUGUUAAUUGAAGGUGUUGUAUGCACUGAACACUCAUUUCGAGCACCCCACAUAUGUCCAAUAGCUACUCCUGCAGCAGUAAUGACACUCCCUAACAUAAUAAUAUUGAGUACUGUGCUGAGCCUUUUGUUCCUUCUGUGAACAUAUGUUUUGUGUUUACCAGUAUUUUCUCCAAGAAAGUUAUUCUCACACCUUAUAGAUUCAUGGUGAUUUUCAAUAUUGGGAGCAAGUGGAUUAACCGAAUUAAAUGGAUUUGUUAUUUCAGUAGGACGGUUCUCAUCUUUAACACAUUUCUCAUAAUUCAUUUCACUAGGUGUUGAUGAUUCGGGUUCACUGUCACUGAUGACAGAUAUUCCAUCUGUGUCAUCAUCUUUAUCAAGAUGUGCAUCAUUAAUAGCUCUGUAAAAAUAAUACAAUUAUCAGCUAUCAAAUUGACAUUACC